UAACGUCUGGACAGUGCCCAGGCCCUGGGAUGCCAGCCCUGAGACCUCAGUGCGCAGGCCCGGCGCUGCCACGCGGAGCGCCGAGCAGGGAAGGGGGCGCAGCGGGUUGUAGUUCCGGUUCCUUGGCGGAGACACGUGAAGGUCGGUGAGUUGGUGCGGAGUUCAUCUCGGCACGCGUGGCCGCGCUGGGAUGGAUUCCUCCUCGUCUUCUUCCGCGGCGGGUUUGGGCUCUGUGGACCCGCAACUGCAGCAUUUCAUCGAGGUGGAGACUCAGAAACAGCGCUUCCAGCAGCUGGUGCACCAGAUGACGGAACUUUGUUGGGAGAAGUGCAUGGACAAGCCUGGGCCAAAGUUGGACAGUCGGGCUGAGGCCUGUUUUGUGAACUGCGUUGAACGCUUCAUUGAUACAAGCCAAUUCAUCUUGAAUCGACUGGAACAGACCCAGAAAUCCAAGCCAGUUUUCUCAGAAAGCCUUUCUGACUGAUUUUGGCAUUACCUUUUUGGAAAAGGAAGGUAGUUCAAGAAAUGAAGAGUGGUUGAUGGAAUGAUUGAAGAAAAGGCUAUGGGGUACUGGCUCCCACUCUUGUCACUCUUGGGACGCCCUGUCAUCUGAGAAUGACCAAAGACCAAUUUUUUUGUGUGUUUGGGGUUUGAGGGUCAUAUGUGUAUUUGGUUUUUUUAAAUGUUAAUCUUGUGAAAACAAUUGAUAGAUGAAUGGAAAACUUUACUAGAUGCAUAUUACUGUAUGUGGGACUAUGUUUUUCUCAAAGUCCCAUUAACUGCUUCCUAUAAUUUGGGUAGUGGAACUGCUUUCUAUAAUUUGAUAGGGGGACCACAUGGGUAUAAUCUGUCAUUUGUGUGGAUUCAGUGCUCAUUUCUGGGGACACUGAUGUACAGCUUUGUGUCUCUGAGAAAGGGCAGCAGUGGGGGAAGAAUAACUUGGUACUUAACUGUAGACCUCCUUAUCUAGUGUUUUGACCAUCAGUGCUGGGAAAAAAAAAUAUGGAAUGUUCAUACAAUUCAGCUUUCUAAAUUAUCUCCCUUCCUUAUACUGUGAUUGAGGUAGUACAGGCAGCCUCAGUGUCCAGAGGCCUUUAGUUAUAAAGGAAUCUAGCCAGUGAACAUAAUUCUCAUUGCUAAACUGCCACAAGGAAGAAGUUACCCUGUGUAUCAGGGUCCAAGAAAUUCAAAGAUAUGCCUAAAUAAGUUAUAAAGAUUUAGGCCUGUCAAAAACUAACAGCAGUUUCAGGUGGAGGUGCAUGCCUAAUGUUAAUCAGUAUAGAUUCCAUUUACUGCAUUCUUUUGAUCACUGAAAUAAAAGCUUCUACAAGAUUCAA